GUGUAUCUCCCGUUCUUAAAAUCUAUGGACAGUGACUACUUGUAUCUCAUUGUUCUGGGGCAUGUCCAUCAACAUGGAGCAUUUGCUGAAAAUGUCUGGACAAAUACACUCCAAAUAAUGUAUGAACUCAAUGUUAAAAAUCACACAAGAAUGAGCUAUGUGUACUUCUUCAAAUUAAAAAUAUUUGUGGCAGCAGAGGAGCAGCUAAAUAUCAUUGGGGCCUGGUUUAUAUCAGCAAACUUCACUGAGGUAGACAUUCUGAAUGAGCCUACUGUCCCCGGACUGAAUAUUUUAUUACCAUAUGUGACAGUGUCAGGGGGGGCUGUAAAAGCUCUCAUCUGUUCCUUCCUAAGGCAUACAGAUUACUUGACCAUGCCUUCCUCAAUCUGUGUUUGUAAUACUAUGAGAUGCAAGUGUGUACUGUCACUCCACAGAUCUCUGUGCAUGAUCUCCCCUAUAAAUGGUGACAGAGGCACUAGCUGUGAUGAAUUUGAACAGUUUAUACACAUAUGGAUGUGUUCACAGGACCAACAAAGAGCGUUAAACAAAAUGGAUAAAAUUAGAUUCAGAUUAUAUUUGCUCACCUGCAUGUGGGACCAAAAAGAAAUCAGUCCACUACAAUGGCAGAUCUACACUCAACUAUUCAACAGAGGCCUGUUUCAUCAGUGGAUUGUGAGAGUGCUGCUAAUGUCUGUUUCUAUGUUUUUCAUUGGUCAGCCAGCAGUUCUGACAUAUAUAAGCUAUAAGCAAAUAUUUGUUUCUAUCCACAGAGUCAGAAACUCAAAUCUAAGUUUUCUAUUGUUUUUUACAAUCUCAUGGUACUCUUUGAGUUCACUUACUGUUAGUGGGCAAUCAACUGGAUGUUCGAACAAACCUCACCACACAGAGUUUGGGCUCACUUUUGUCCUCUGUAUCUCCUGUGUUGUGAGGAAAACAAUAGUGGUAUUAUUGGCCUUCAAGGCUACACUUCCAGUCAGAAAUGUAAGGAAAAGUUGUAUGCCAUUGCCACCAAAACUCAGUGUUCCUGCCUUUACUCUUACACAGAUCUUUGUCCGUGUGUUUUGGUUUUCAAUACAAUCCCCUUCAUCUCACAUGAUGGAUUUCCUUGAACUUGAAAUGUAA